UGGUACGAAUCCCGGAAAUUUACAGUACCAUUCAAUGGCUGGUGAAUCUUCAUCAUCUGUCGAAAAUAAUAAUGGUAAAUCUAACGGCUUAAGUUCUUCUGCCCUAGCUGGGUUGAGUGUAAACGAGACUCCUAAUCCUACACCAACACCAACACCAACACCUAUUGAUCAAGGAAUUACAAAUACAAUGAGUUCAUUGGGGAAAUAUUCUAUGGUUGGUGAAUCUUCGUCUUCCACCGGAAAUCUCACAUCUCCGCCAGUGGGAGGAGGGAUCAAGUAUUUAGGAACGUUACUCCCGAUUGAAUCCCUCGAGCUUAUUCCUGUCAAGAAUAAUGGACAAAGGGGUCGACCUAGCUUAUCUGCAUUUCCACAUCCUGAUUCUACCCAGGGAAGACAUUUUCUGAUGAUGAUGAAGCUUAAAGCCAUGCAUUAUGCUGCAAUGGCUCCUCAAGCGACUCCUUCGUUACUCGCCGCUAUGGAAUCUGAGUUGCGUUCGCAGAUGUUUCAAUACAACACAUUCGCUAAUGCCAGUCCACCUGCUCAGAAUGAAGAAGUUGCCAAUGGUGAUAGCGAGGAGGAUGAAGAUGACGAUGAAGACGACGACGACUAUGAUGAUGAGUCCGAAUAUGACUCCGAUGCAGAGUUUGAUGCGUGGCUUGCCGAGCAUGGUGCACUAAAUGAAGCACAAAUUGACCAAGCUUUGAGAACUGAGAAGUACAAGGCUAUAAGUGGAGCUAGUAGUAGUUGCCCUAUAUGCAUGGAGGUAUACGAGGAAGAUGAUGACGUUGGUAUUAUGGACUGUGAUCAUAAUCACAAGUUCCAUAGAAAAUGCAUAAAACCGUGGCUGAUGGAGCAGAACACAUGCCCGAUGUGCAGAAUGGUUGGCCUUGUUCUUUGAAGCAUAUAUAUAUGGCCUAUGCCCUAUGCAAAUGCAAUGCUUUCAAUCUCUAGUUAUCCUUUUUGUAUGCGAUGUAGUUUAAGACCUCUGAAUAAUUUCGAUGAAAUUCGUUCUCGCCACAUUUAUAGGGAAGCCAAUCGCGCAGCUGACUAUGUUGCCGCCUUAGGUCAUCGCAUACAGACGCACUAAGAAAUUGACUCAUACAUAAAUAGUGAAUUUUCUUAUUUUAUAUCUUUAGAUAAGUUAGGAUAUAGUAUUGAGAGAAGACUAUCCUAAUUUUUAACGUAUCUACAUAUAAAAAAAAAAAAAAAAAUGUAGUUUAAGACCUAAUGGACCUGUAAUUUCUUGGG